GAACACUGGUCCAAAGUCUUUCCAAAAGGUCAAGGUUCACAAGUGAUUGAGAACAACGUCUCAUAAACUUGUGCGUUCAACCUGAAAGGGCAUCCCCCAGACUGGAGCAGGCGCUUCAGGAAAUCAGCUCCCAGAACAUCUGAUCCAAUUCAUGACCAUGGGGGAUAUGAAGACCCCCGACUUUGACGACCUGCUGGCAGCGUUUGACAUCCCCGACAUGGUCGACCCGAAAGCAGCCAUCGAGUCUGCCCACGACGACCAGGAGAGCCACAUCAAGCAGGGUGCGCAGGCGGACGACGACGCGCACGCGCCGUCCUCCUCGGACGUGGGCGUCAGUGUCAUCGUGAAGAACGUCCGCAGCAUCGACGCCUCGGACGGUGCUGAGAAGGACGGCCACAACCCCCCCGGCAACGGCCUGCACAACGGCUUCCUGACGGCCUCCUCUCUCGACACGUACGGCAAGGAAGGAUCGAAGUCCCUGAAGGGAGACGUGCCUACCUCAGAGGUGACCUUAAAGGACUCGGCCUUCAGCCAGUUCAGCCCCAUCUCUAGCGCGGAGGAGUUUGACGACGACGAGAAGAUCGAGGUGGACGACCCCCCGGACAAGGAGGACCCGCGCGCGGGCUUCAGAGCGAACAUGCUGGCGGGCUCAGGCCCCCAGCAGGACUACGACAAGCUGAAGGCGCUCGGGGGAGAGGGUGUGAGCAAGGCUGGCGUCCCAGUGCCGGGCGGCCUUGAGAAAAGCAAAGUCGUCAAGAGGGAGACGGAGACAAAUUCUCUAAACCUGAGCGUUUACGAACCUUUCAAAGUCAGAAAGAUGGAGGAUAAGCUGAAGGAGAGCUCUGAAAAGGUGCUGGAGAACAGGGUCCACGAGGGGAAGCUGGGCUCCGAGAAGAACGAUGCUGGCCUUGGUGGCACGGCGGCAUCGCGGACCAAGCCGUCCUCCAAGCUCUCUUCCUGCAUCGCCGCGAUUGCGGCGCUCAGUGCAAAAAAGGCCGCCUCUGACUCCUCCAAAGAGCCGGCGACCAACUCCCGGGAGUCCUCUCCGUUACCGAAGGAUGUCAACGACAGCCCUCGAGCCACCGAGAAGUCUCCUGAACCCCAGAGCCUCAUCGACGGGACGAAGAAAGCAUCCCUGAAGCAGCCGGACAGUCCCCGGAGCGUUUCCAGCGAAAACAGUAGCAAGGGGUCACCAGCCUCCCCCGCGGGGUCGACACCAGCAAUCCCCAAAGUUCGCAUCAAGACCAUCAAGACGUCUUCCGGGGAGAUCAAGAGGACGGUGACGCGGGUGCUGCCUGAGGUGGAGCUCGAGGCGGGCAGGAAGCCCUCGGAGCAGGUGGGGCCCGUGGUGGCCUCGAUGACCUCGCUCCUGUCGUCCCCUGCCCCGGCCGCCGUGCUCGCCUCCCCGCCCCGGGCGCCCCUGCAGUCCGUGGUCGCCAACGCCGUGGCGCCAGCCGAGCUGACCCCCAAGCAGGUCACCAUCAAGCCCGUGGCGACCGCCUUCCUCCCGGUGUCGGCCGUGAAGACGGCUGGCUCCCAAGUCAUCAACCUGAAGCUGGCCAACAACACAACGGUCAAGGCCACGGUCAUCUCCGCCGCCUCCGUGCAGAGCGCCAGCAGCGCCAUCAUCAAAGCCGCCAACGCCAUCCAGCAGCAGACCGUGGUGGUGCCGGCCUCCAGCCUGGCCAACGCCAAACUCGUGCCAAAGACUGUGCACCUCGCCAACCUUAACCUCCUGCCUCAGGGCGCCCAGGCCACCUCCGAGCUCCGCCAGGUGUUGACGAAGCCGCAGCAGCAGAUCAAGCAGGCGAUAAUCAGUGCCGCGGCCUCGCAGCCGCCCAAGAAGGUGUCGCGGGUGCAGGUGGUGUCGUCCCUGCAGAGCUCCGUGGUGGAGGCUUUCAACAAGGUGCUGAGCAGCGUCAACCCAGUCCCAGUUUACGUCCCCAACCUCAGCCCCCCUGCCAACGCGGGCAUCACCUUGCCGACCCGCGGCUACAAGUGCUUGGAGUGCGGGGACUCCUUCGCCCUGGAGAAGAGUCUGAGCCAGCACUACGACAGGCGCAGCGUGCGCAUCGAAGUGACCUGCAACCACUGCACCAAGAACCUGGUGUUUUACAACAAGUGCAGCCUGCUGUCGCACGCCCGCGGGCACAAGGAGAAGGGCGUGGUGAUGCAGUGCUCGCACCUGAUCUUGAAGCCGGUGCCGGCGGAUCAGAUGAUUGUCUCCCCGUCAAGCAAUACCCCCGCCUCGUCGUCCAGCCUCCCCAGCUCCGCGGGAGCCGGCGCGCACACGGUCACCAAAAUCCAGCCUGGCAUCACCGGGACGGUCAUAUCGGCCCCUUCCAGCACGCCCAUCACCCCCGCCAUGCCCCUGGACGAAGACCCCUCCAAGCUCUGCAGGCACAGCCUCAAGUGUCUGGAGUGUAACGAAGUCUUCCAGGACGAGACGUCGCUGGCCACCCAUUUCCAGCAGGCUGCAGAUACGAGCGGACAAAAGACUUGCACGGUCUGCCAGAUGCUGCUCCCCAACCAGUGCAGUUACGCCUCCCACCAGCGGAUCCACCAGCACAAGUCCCCCUACACCUGCCCCGAGUGCGGCGCCAUCUGCAGGUCCGUGCACUUCCAGACCCACGUCACCAAGAACUGCCUGCACUACACGCGCAGAGUGGGUUUCCGGUGUGUGCAUUGCAAUGUUGUGUACUCUGACGUGGCCGCACUGAAGUCUCACAUUCAAGGCUCUCACUGUGAAGUCUUCUACAAGUGUCCUAUCUGCCCAAUGGCGUUUAAGUCUGCCCCAAGUACACACUCCCACGCCUACACGCAGCACCCUGGCAUCAAGAUAGGAGAACCAAAAAUAAUAUAUAAGUGUUCCAUGUGCGACACCGUAUUUACCCUGCAAACCCUGCUUUAUCGCCACUUUGACCAACACAUUGAAAACCAGAAGGUGUCCGUCUUCAAGUGUCCAGACUGUUCUCUCUUAUAUGCACAGAAGCAGCUCAUGAUGGACCACAUCAAGUCUAUGCAUGGAACGUUGAAAAGUAUCGAAGGGCCUCCCAACUUGGGAAUAAACUUGCCUUUGAGCAUUAAGCCUACAACCCAAAAUUCCGCUAACCAAAACAAGGAGGACACCCGAUCCCUGAACGGGAAAGAGAAGUUGGAAAAGAAAUCCCCAUCGCCCGUGAAAAAGUCACUGGAACCCAAGAAAGUGGCCAGUCCCGGGUGGACGUGUUGGGAGUGUGACCGGUUGUUCACGCAGAGAGACGUUUACAUUUCGCACGUGAGGAAGGAGCAUGGGAAGCAAAUGAAGAAACACCCGUGCCGCCAGUGCGACAAGUCCUUCAGCUCGUCCCACAGUCUCUGCCGCCACAACCGGAUCAAGCACAAAGGCAUCAGGAAAGUUUACACCUGCUCGCACUGUCCAGACUCCAGGCGUACCUUCACAAAACGGUUGAUGCUGGAGAAACAUAUACAGCUCAUGCACGGCAUUAAGGAUCUUGACUUGAAAGAAAUGACAGAAGCCACCAAUGAGGAGGAGACAGAAAUAAAAGAAGACACCAAGGCUCCCAGUCCCAAGCGGAAGCUGGAGGAGCCCGUGUUAGAGUUCCGCCCUCCCCGCGGGGCCAUCACGCAGCCCCUGAAGAAGCUGAAGAUCAACGUGUUCAAGGUGCACAAGUGCGCCGUGUGCGGCUUCACCACCGAGAACCUGCUGCAGUUCCACGAGCACAUCCCGCAGCACCGGUCGGACGGCUCCUCCCAGCAGUGCCGCGAGUGCGGCCUCUGCUACACGUCGCACGUGUCGCUGUCGCGGCACCUCUUCAUCGUCCACAAGCUGAAGGAGCCGCAGCCGGCGGCCAAGCAGAACGGGGCGGGCGAGGAGAGCCGGCCGGAGAGCCAGCCCGGGCCCGAGGACGCGCCGGCCGACGGCCCCGUGCCCGACCGAACGUGCAGAGUGUGCGCGAAGACGUUCGAGACGGAAGCUGCCUUAAACGCUCACAUGCGGACCCACGGCAUGGCCUUCAUCAAAUCCAAAAGAGUGAGCUCGGCCGAGAAAUAGCCGCCCCACCUGCGCCCGCCACACCGGUCCACAUGGGGAGCAGAGAGACGUUGUUGUCACGCCGCGGGAUCCCAGUUAACAGUGCCGUCCAGGCUGCUGCAAUAUCUCUCCCUCCUCCCCUUUGCCGCCGCCUGUCUGUCCUCCUCCCUUCCUCCCCGAUAAGUAUUAAAAACAGUAUUUGAGUUGAAAAGAGUUUGUAUAUAUUUAAACGAAUAACUUUUUAUACUCUUUGUUACAUGUUUGUAUCAGUAUUUAGUGGACAAUGUUUUGAAGAUUUUUGUUUGUUUCGUUCUUGGGUUGUCUUUUUUUUUUUUAAUAUAUAUAUAUAUAUAUAUUUGUUUUUUAUUUGGGUUAGUUUUUCUUUUUUGUACGGUUUCUUUAAAACAGAGUUCUUAGCAACAGGGGCAGUUCCUGAAUUCCAAUAAACCAUUUUGUACGUCACGGUUUUGAAUGGGUUAACUAAUUACAGGCCCCGACGGGCCUUUUUUAGUGUUUUUAAUUUUUAGAAUUCACUGCAUAAAUCGUAGGUGACUGUAGGUCUCAAAACACCAGGGACUUUUAAGUGUCUUAGCACUCAACGUGCCUGCUCCUAGGGCCGCGCUCGGCCGUGGCCUCUCCUCCCGCCCGGCGUGUCGGAAGCCGCCUUGCAGGGCGCUUCCCUCCCAGCGAGGGGGUGGCAGCGGGGGCCAGACAUCCAGGAAGGAAAGACCUGGAUGGAUUCCACCUCAGAGUGGGGAGGAAGGCUCUCCUAAAGGGGAAGAGCACGCGGGUAGCUUCCUGGGCCGAUUUGCAAGGCUGGCUUCUGAAAGAGCACAAGGAGCUGAAGUGGAGAAAGGGCUGGAGACUGUAAAAGUUACAAACACGUGUUAGACCAGUAGGUUUAUAUAGUCAACGUUUUUGUCGUGUAAUUUAUUAACUAUUAACGACACAACUACAAAUAUCAAGUAUUUCUCUGGCUCUUGACAGGAAAAGGAAAAAAAAAAAAAAAUCACAGUCGACUUAACCCUUUGCUGUCUAAAGAGUUGGCGUUUCCUGUUCUGGGUGCUAAAAAGGUCCCGGUACUUAGACUUGGGAUGCACAAUUUCCACCUUCCCGAUGCAGCAGCCGGCGUGUGGCCAUCGGCCGUUCCCUCCGCACUGAGCCACCUGAGUUGAGUUCAGCCAUUUCAAUAAGUACCUUUACUAUUGGGUAGUUCAGCUUUCUUAAUGCAGCCAAGGUACUCCUCUGUCCCUUCCAAAUGUUUAUAGUUCUCUGGGAGAGUUAUAUUUUUUUGGUUUUGUGUUUUCGUGUUUUCUUUUGCAUUUUAUAUCUUGUAUUUAUCCCUAAACAUGUUUUGUACUUUUUUUUUUUAAAAAGAAAAAUUAUUUUGUGUAUAUAGAGAUAUACUUGCAUGAUAUACUGUAGUCAAUGUUCGGUUCCUCGAGAGGUCUUGCUGCUGUCAGAUGUCACGCACUAACCGCACCCAUCCUAACUGUAUUAAACACAUUUCACGUAUGUAAAUAAACCUGGGACGUUUGGCCCUCAUGCUUUCGUGAGAGCGUUCUUGAUGGUGGGUCUCUGACAUCUUUGUGGAGUUUAGGGAGUGAUUCACUGCAGGGAUGGGCUAUGGGGGUAUUGCAGCAUUCUUGCCGCUAAUAAGGGCAGCAUAUUCAUUCUCAUUGGCAAUCAGCUAUUUUUGUCCCUUUUGUAUCGACUCCCAUCAGUAUGUGGGUAUACUCAAGGGUGUGGUUCAGUACUCCUCAACUUGAAACUCAUUGCUGUUACUUGUUAUGUUUAUACUUGUAUUGCUCUUAUGUUGUAUUCAUAGCACUUUCUGUUUGUUUCUGCAUUUGAACCUUGCAAUAAGCCUGUGUGGUGGGCUGCACAGGUCCUAAUAGCCUAGUUUUGCAGUCGAGGAAGCUGAGCUCAGAUUUAAGUUCUUGGCCUGAGCCCUCGUAGCUGGCAAGUGGCUUUGCAUAUUAGAACCCAGAUAUUCUUGCUCUAAAUCUAGUGCUCGCUCUCUCUGUUUAUGUACAUAUCGACAGAUACUCCUUUAUUCAACAAAUAAAAAGUAUUUGCAAAACA